AUGUCCUCUUUAAACAUUCUUUCUCUACUUGACAACAAGCAUAUUAACGCUUUCUUUGACAACCCAUCCCGUGCCCAAUCCGGCAUUAUUGCUGGCUCCGUUGCUAUUGUUUCCCUCUGUGCUGCUUAUUCACUUGGGUCGCGAUUAAGAGGCAGCAACAAUGGUGUGCCUUUGGUGCCAUAUACAUUCCCAAUCAUUGGCUCUACCAGAGAAUACCGAGAUGAUCCACAAGCUUUCAUCGAAAAAUGGACAGCCAAGCUUGGCCCAGUGUUCAGGGUGCAUCUUUUUGGAAGGAUUCAUACAGUGGUCUCUGAUCGCUAUGUACGCGAGGUCUUCCUCAACAAUGAUUUCGAUUUUCUCAAAGGCACCGGCAAGCGUUUUGAUACCUUGUUGUUGACCGAUACAACAUUGCAAGACGUUGAUAUCGAGGUAUUCCGUAUGGUGGUCAUGAAGCACCUGACCAAGGAAAUGAAGCACUACACCCCCCGUGUAGUAGAACAUUUAACCGCUGGUGGUGAUGAGAAGCUUGGUGAUGCUAAAGAACCCAAGGAAUUGGUACACUUAUUCCCCUUGUUACAGCACAUGGUCGCCAAGGCCAGUGCAUCCAUUUUUGUGGGCACCGAGCUUGCAGCUGACGAUGCUGUCGUUGAAACAUGCAAAAACAUUGCAAUUGAUAUUGGCAGUGAACUUGGCCCAAGCAGCUAUAUUAUGGAUGCAUUCCCAUCGCUAGCACGUUUGCGCAUGUGGUAUAUCGGCAAGUACGGCAAGGCAAUUAACAAGCAUAGACAACAUUUGCUCCACGCACUUGGCCCUGUCAUUGAUAAGCGUUUGGCUGCUGCCGAAAAGGGAGGCGAUUGGGAUAGACCUCAAGAUAUUCUUCAAGAUAUCAUUGAAACCAUCAAUCUCACUCUCGACAAUCCAAAGCGCCACAUCCUUCCUGUGAAAUGGCUUCUUGCUCUAUUUUUCGCUUCAAUCCACACCACCAGCGAAAACUCAACCAUCGUCCUUUAUCGUAUUAUGCAAAAUCCAGAGAUCAUUGACGUCUUGUUGGAAGAACAAAACGAGGUCCUCGAAAAGCACUAUGGCACCAACAUUGAUUAUAGUGACACCACCAAGUUGUUCACUGGUGAAGUGAUCAAAGACUUGGUCAAGCUUGAUAGUGUAUGCCGUGAAGCCAUGCGUUCUCGCAACUCAUACCUUGAACUUCCUCACACAUACGUUGGCAAAUCUCGCAUCACUUUGUCUUGUGGUGCUGUGAUUGAACCAGGACACGAUGUAUUAAUCAACAUGUGGGGAAACCACCGUGAUGCUAAGAUUCAACGCGACACUAUUGGUGAUCAUCAUGACUUUAAGCCUUUCCGCUUUGUUGGUUUGGAUCGUCAAUCAACAAAGAUUGGUGAUGAUUUCCUCAUGUUUGGUCAAGGACGUCAUGCAUGCCCUGGUCGCUGGUUCGCAAUCCAGGAAAUCAAAACCAUUGUAUCUGUGCUCAUCCGGUACUACAAGCUUACCCCCAAGGGUCCCAUUACCUUCCCUACACAUCCUCGUAUGCCCAUGCCCGCUGGUGAAGUCAUUAUCCAAAGGAGAGAAUAG